CGCCUUGCCGAAAAGGCAGAAGUCAGAGCGAGGUGCGAGGUGCACCGAGUGCACCUUGUCGAGGUGUUGUCGUGUUGUGUGGGUUUGUUUCGUCUUGAGUUACAUGCUACUGAGUUAUGAGAAUGACUGGAAGCUUUAUAUUCAAGUAUAUAUAUGGACCUCGUCUUUAUAGGAUUCACAAAACUGCAGACCGUGAGGGCCGCAGCUAUGAGCCAAAUGGAGUUGAAGGGUACAGCGAUAAUAUAAUACGAUCCGUAAGUUUUGCACUUUCACUGGCAUGGUCUAUAGGUGUCUACACUUCACCUAUCAUCGCUGCAGUCUUGUACCGCAGAGGUUAUGUCACAUUUGAAGGUGUUUAUGCCUUGACCAGGCUGGCAGGUGUCAUAUGCGUGGUCAUGGUUGGCACCAUUUGCUUGAGAGGCAUCGGGCGUAUUGCCAGUUCCGACUAUGGUCAGUUCUUGCGAGCCCUCCAGGCUGCACAACAAAAUCUAAGCAAGGAGUCAAAGACAGAGCUUGCCAAAUAUGACAGUGAGUUCUAUGCCUGGCCAAUUGACUUCCGUUGGAAUGACCCUCUUGUGGACAAGAGCAAACCACGUGUUGAAGUCGAAAUCCAACCAUCAAAACGAGGAAGCUUUUUUGCAAGCUUGCGUGCCUUGCCAUGUGAGAUACUGAGUUACAUUGCAGUGCACACAUUUGGUCGAAGAAUGAUGUAUCCUGGAACAGUUCAACUGCUCCAGGCAGCAGUUGCACCUAUGCUCAUUCAGGGUAGAGCAAGACUGAUUGAAGAGCAUAAUGCCCUGCGUCACAAGUUGCUCACCCGUGAUGGGAAUGAGAUUGACUCUGUGUUUGUGGACAGGAGAAAUUCCAAUGUCUAUGCAAAUGGAAACAUUCUGGUUGUGUGCUGUGAAGGCAAUGCUGGCUUUUACGAGUAUGGCAUUGCAACAACCCCCAUUGAGGCUGGGUACUCUGUGCUGGGCUGGAACCAUCCUGGCUUUGCUGGGAGCACAGGAGUGCCUUUUCCAGACCAAGAAAAGAAUGCUGUGGAUGUUGUGAUGCAGUUUGCUAUACGUCGGCUGGGCUUUGCCCCUGAUAGCAUCAUUGUGUAUGCAUGGUCAAUAGGAGCUUUUUGUGCCACCUGGGCAGCCAUGAACUAUCCUGACAUCAAGGGGCUGAUACUGGAUGCUACCUUUGACGACGUUCUCCCCCUGGCUGCAUCCAAAAUGCCUCCUAGCUGGGAGCCUAUUGUGAGGCGAACAAUCAAAGGGUACCUGAACUUAAACAAUCUGGAGCAACUCAACAGAUACGGAGGCCCUGUUCUUAUGUACAGACGAACACGCGAUGAAAUCAUUUCAACACAGGAGACGGCACAAAUCGUGAGCAACCGGGGAAAUGACCUGCUGAUCGGUUUUUUGAAACAUCGAUUCCCAAAGCUUGUGACAGAAGAGACUCUUUGGGCACUUCGAGACUGGCUUUCAGGAGACAGGGGUCACCAAAUGGUUCUUUGGAACGAAGGUGGUGUGGAUGAAGAUGCCUGCAUGGAGAAACUGGCGUCUUACAUCAGGGAGAAUGGUCCAUCGUUCCCUAUGCUCAUUGGAGAUGGCCUGAAUGUUGAUGUCAAGAUACAGCUGAUACUCUUCCUGGCUCGCAAGCACAUGGUGGACUUCAACUCUACCCACUGCACACCAUUGCCGUCAGGGCUGUUCCAGCCUCCAUGGGACCUGAUACAAGCAGCUGACCCCAACGGUCGAGGUGCGGAUGGCUUUUGCCGCGUGUCAGCCGACAUGUGCGGUCCACCCCCUUCGGGAGAUGCGCCUUGAAAAGGGCCUUUCGCCAGCGCUACCACUGCUGAGCGGACUCCACCACCUCCUCGAGCCAGAAUGUAGAAGGAUGUGCUUUUGUUUGGUCCUGGAUAACCUCACAUGCCCCUGGAACCAUUUCGGCACUUGUGUAUUGUGGUUCUUGUCUAAAGUCCUUGAUCCUUAAAUGGUUACCCUUAGGGGAGCAGGAGGCUGUGCUUUCAAGUUUUUUUUCUUUUUAGCACAAUGUUUGUGCUUUUUUUUUAUAAAUGUAUUCUAUGCGUACACUGUGAUAUGACUAACUGCAGAGUAAGUGGUUCAGUAUUGUCUGACAGCAGCUGGGUUCUGUACAAUUUGUAUUUUUUAAAAGGUACUUCUAAAGGCUCUUGGCUAGUUCUGCCUCAAGUGGGAAGGUUAGGUGGAUGUUAGAACCUGUGUAACUUUUUUUUCUCCUGCAUUUUACAUUCCCAUGGCAAAUCCUCAUUUCGCACAAAAUCUGUGUCAAAGAACAAAAAGUUACUGAAAAUGUGUCAUUAAAUGUUAUUUCUGGGAACUGAGUGGUGGACACUCAUGAAAAUAGUCAUUUCUUGCCCUUUCUUAUAUGUUGGCCAACAAUUUUUUUUAGUUUUUUUUAUCUUUUGAAGUAGUAUUUGAACUACUCAUGCAUAUAGCAUAACCAUUGUGCUGCGCAUGUUAACCUAUCGUUACUGCAACUGCUUUUUAAUAAAUCCACUGAUUUUAAAUACACA